AUGCCACUCAAACAACCAGAGAAGAGCCCACUUCCCUCCCAGAUUCUGGGUCUCAGUGACUUUUCAAGGGCUCCCCAUGAAGUGCCACUGUCUGGGUGCCACAGGAAGUGGAUCAAAGAGGCUGAUUCAGCUUAUGUGAGGCUGGCAAAGCAAGGAGGGCGACCUGACCUACUGAGGCACUACACUCCUGUGGUAAUGAAGUCCCAUCCAGCAGCAUGUGCUGCACCUGACUGGUACUCACACAGUGCCAAUACUGCAAGGAUUGAGAAGACAUGGAGCUGUGUUUCCUCUCUACCAGAUUAUAUGGUUCACAGAGAGUUUAUUGCUGAUGACCAUCACAGUAAGAGUUAUGAGACAAGAAGAGGGCCUUUUGAGUUUGAUACUGAAAGUGUUUGGCAGCGGGAGGCUGAGGACAAAGAACAUGCAGAGAAAAAGAAGGUAAAGCUUCCACCUAUAACCCCUAAAUAUCCAAGCAGAAUGCCAACUGUUUCUACUAACAAGGAAUUUAGUGGAGAAAAUAAGCUUUCCUUCCCACCCGUGCCUGCUAAGAGAGAAAGUGAAGCAGUAAAUUUUAGCAAAUUAAUAAGCAAUGGUUAUGGGACUGACUGGUUGCAGCAGAAUACUGGAUGGGAAAAAAAGAUUGAAGAAACAUCAGAAAAUAGUGAGCACUCUGAAGAUUCAGAACGAUCUGAAUCACCACCUGCAAGCAAUGAGUUAAAGCCACCCUUUCAGGGAUCAGCCGAAGCCGUCUCUGCUCUUUUGUCGCACCGCCGUUGCAGUGCCCUGAUGCCCAUGAGAGCGGGAUCACGGUGUGUGCGCACCGACACGCACAAGGGCAGGCACAGGCACCGACCCGACUCCGCCAUCCUCGGCCGACACCUGCGUCUGUAUCAUCUGUAUCUGCAUCUGUAUCUGUAUCCGUAUCUAUCUCCACGAUAA